UCUUCAAGAUGCCUCACUCAUUCGGUUACAGAGCGCGUACGCGCCACAUGUUCAAGCGGGGCUUCAGAGAGAAUGGCCCUGCCAAACUCACCACCUUCUUGACCACCUACCGAGUUGGUGACAUUGUCGAUAUCAAGGCCAACUCUGCCCAGCAAAAGGGCAUGCCCCACAAAUUCUACCACGGACGCACUGGUAUCGUCUACAACGUCACCCCCUCGGCUGUCGGCAUCAUCGUUUACAAGGUCGUCGGCAACCGCUACGUUGAAAAGCGGGUAAACAUCCGUAUCGAGCACGUCAAGCACUCGAAAUGCCGACAGGAGUUCUUGGAGCGAGUGAAGGCCAACCACGAUGCUCACGUUGCUGCACGGGAGAAGGGCGAGCGCAUCAACCUCAAGCGAUCCCCUGCCCUCCCCCGGGAAGCCCAUGUCAUCUCCCUCAAGGACAACGCUCCUCAAACAAUGACCCCCGUCCCUUACGAGACCACCAUCUAGACGGACGUUCGUCUAUGCAUUGUACCACAACACACCCUUUCGCAUUUAUGUUAUGCUCAUGUCGUCCGUCCAAAAAAUAUGAAAUCAUAUGCGAAAAGAUUGGAAAAUACC